CUAGUCACAUGACUGUAAAAAAACAAAACAACUGUCUUGUGCGAUCUUGUGAUGAUCGUCAUUCACGACAUAAGUGAUCAGGACAAGAUUAGUUAACCAGUUGACCGUCCCGCCACUUAAAUGAGCAAUCGUUUCUCUGCGAAUGCAAGACCUUGACUGAUACCAUCCUUCAAUCUGAUACUUUCUACAAACAUGAUUUGGUAGCAGCGUUGGUUGUGCUUCUGUUGGUUCUGUCAUCAGUGGAUUAGCUACGCAAGAAGUGAACAAGUGAGCUAGAUUUCAUCGUCAUCAAGGUGAACUCCUGCGUUAUUGUAACUCUAUGGACUCAUGUAGGUGUUGGCGCAGCGCAUUCCAGACCGAGUGUCCAAGUUUUACCUCGUCUUCGAUUUGCAGCUAGCGAGUUUCGCAGUUUCCAAUCACCAUGCUGUCGAGCCUUUUAAAGGAACAUCAACAGCGGCAGCAUUUGAGGAGAGAAGAACAAGAACGAAAGAAAAAAGAAGCCACCGCCGCUGCAAGCGCACUGACAGCGGCGAUGGUAGAUCAUCUUAACGUUGGAGUGGCACAAGCCUACCUGAACCAGAGAAAACUAGACGCCGAAGCCAAGCAGCUGCAUACUAAUGCAACCAACUUCAGCAAGCAAGCAGCCAACUGGCUCCAUUUGGUAGACAACUUCAAUCAUGCGCUAAAGGAACUUGGAGACAUCGAAAACUGGGCCAAAAGCAUAGAAGCGGACAUGCGGACUGUGUCCAGUGCAUUGGAGUAUGCUUACAAAGUGGGUCAGCAGGGGUCCUGAACAUCCACGAUCUGUUGCUGACAGUCAGUGCAAGCAGCUUUUCUUUCAGAUCAGCUAGUUCAGCCAGACGCCUUUCUUAAAGCUACAACAACGAGCUCGUGGACACGACUUGGUAGGCUCUUUGUGAGCAGAUGGAUGGCACAAUAAAAAUUAAAAAUUCA